CAGACAGGUUGACCGGAAUUGUAAGCUAUUACAAGACCACACAUGAUUGUUAUUGUAUUUUCUUUACAGCUCAGAACACCAUUUUAUCUUUCUCGGAUGUUCAGAUUGUGAGUGAUUAGCCUACUGAAUGAUGUGCCAGUUUGUUUUUCUGGAGUUGACAUGAUCUGGGCACCAGAGCAAUUCAGGAAUUAAGAAGGCAUGGGCAUUUUCUCUAGACGACCACAUACAUCUGAUACUCCUGUGUGUGUUUGCCUUCUACUUAUCUGCAUUCAUCUUUCAAAUGGAUCAGAUGUCAACACACUUGAGGUCCAGUACACAGUGCUUCAUGGCCCAGAUGGCAAGCUGCAGUUUCAGCAGACAACUCUGUUCAAUGAACACGUGAUAUUUUCCUGCAACGGCCAAACACUGAGAGACCAACCACAACAGGACUGGAUAGCACAGGCAUUCACCCAAGAGGAACUGGAGGAAAGACACAAGCAGUGUAAAAGUCAGUGCUAUGAGCAGUUUGCUUGGUUUGAGAAGAUACAGGAGACCAUCACUGUUUCAGAAGAUACUCUUCAAAGACGUCGAGGUUGCUUAAUCAGCAGCUCAGGGAAGUCUUCCUUUGAUGAGUGGGGUGUGAAUGGCGAGGACUUCCUGACCUUUGACCCCAGUGCUCUUAAAUGGACGGCUCAGACUGAUGAAGCCGACCCUUUAGCAACAGAGUGGGAUGCGGAGUACCGUAUGAAUAAUGCUUACAAAGCUUUUGGCAAUAUGUUGUGUAGCAAGGCCCUCAUCCUGAAGAUGGAGCUAGCAGCAAGGCCCAGUGAUGAUGCACACACAGGUGUGGAGCUUCUUAUCUUUAGCAAACCCAUUCCAGGAGGAACAUAUUUGCAGUGUCAUGUCACAGGCUCCAGCCUAUCAAGAGUCAGCAUCCAGUUAACUGAAGAUGGGGUUCCUCUUGGUCAUGGAGUUCAUCACACAGGACCACGUCCCAAUGGAGACGGAACAGUUCAGAUGAGGGUCCUGGUUAAGACCACAAUAGACAACAGCAAAACAUAUCGAUGUGAAGUUCACAGUGAGACUUUCAAGUCUGUUGUCUUUGAUGACCCAUCACCUCACCAGAGUACUGUGAUUGGGACUGUUGCAAGUGUCAUUAAGAUAGUUACAAGUAACAUGCUGUUUCUUGGGGUACUGAUUGGUUGCCAUGUGUUAUGGCUGCAUGUGUGGGGUGUGGGUGAGGGGGAGGAAGGGCCGCGGCCGAGGCUUAGGCAGAUAUAAUCAUAAAAGGUAGUCUGUGUUGUGUGUUUUAGCAAAACAGCAUUGUGUCUGACUGACUUGUCACUAUUACUAUUAUAGGUAAUACAAGUUAGCAAAUUGACUAUGCUAACUAAUGCACAUAGUCAAGUGGUCAGUUGCCUUUUAAGAAAUCUGAGCUGCACUGAUACUAGCAUGCUUGCCAUAUGUGAUGCUAUAUUAAUGUUUUGGGACAGCACAUGUAUUCUUAUCCAUAUUUAUUCUGCCCUCAUAAUGUUACUGUUCAUGAUAUUUACUGUAAACCAUACUACCUUACCUCUAUACCACUGUUUACACUGUGGAAUAUUGCACUGUUUAUACUGCACUACCUGAGUACUGUUCACAUUGCAUAUUUUCACUUCUGGUUAGAUGCUAACUUCAUUUUGUUGUCUCUUUACUUGUACUCUGCACAAUGACUAAUUUAAUCUAAUAUAUAUAUAUAGAUUAGAUUAAAUUAGUCAUAUAAUAUAUAUAUAUAUAUAUGAUGAAGCAUCUAUCUAUCUAUCUACCUACCUAUGUAGCAUUUU